AUGAUUUCAAUAAUAUUUGUGGUUUUUGGAUUCAGCAUUGUGUCUUCCAGUGGAUUUUUAUUGGACGGCAACACCAAGUCCCCUCAGGCAGAAAUUGGUAUGUCUGAAAGUCAUUUCACUACCCUUAUGACGUUAUUUUUGGAAGAACGAAAAUCGCGUGAACAGCUACAAACUUUUGUAUUACGGCUUGAGCAGGAAUUGACCCGUAAAGUGGACAGUGCAGGUAACUGUAAUUGUAAAGGCCCAGACAAAACCGACCAAUUUAAUAACGAUACGAACCGAUUGCAAACUGAACUCGACUUUCUUCGAAAGGACUUCAAUGCUCUGCAAUUACACUGUGAACAACUUGAUAAACGUCAAUCAACAACAGAGAAUACCACAGAACGUCUGCAACAUGACAUAGACGGCUUAAAGCAGCUGAAGGGUGUGGCUGAUUUACAGGCUGUUUUCAAUUUAGCAAAUAAGACCAAUCAUUUAGAGGUUAAAGUGCAAAACACGGAACAAUCUAUACAAACAAUAAUGUCCAGUGCCAACGCCAGAUCGCAAGAUAUAAUCGGUCUCUUAAAUAAGAUUAAGGCAACCGAUAAUAUGACAUUGCAUUUGGAAAACGAACUUCAAAAAUCAAAUGGCAGACUCAAUACGGUCGUUAACGAUAUCAAUAGUAGGAAGCAGGAUGUCUUAGCCUUAGUUAACAAAACUGAAGCUACAAAUCACCAAUUGAAAUCCUUGGAGGUGUUCAUGAAGAAUGAAACCCAUAACCUCGAGAGUAAUAUCACGAAUAAAUUAAACCUAAGUAUUACAUCCGUGAAAAGGGACAUGAUAAAUAACGUACAACACUUACAGUCUGGUCUGAAUGACACAUUGUCAAAACUGGAUGGAAUGUCAAACAGAGCUGUCUUAUCUGCCUGGACAUCUGGUGCAACAUUACCACCUUCUACAGUUAUUCCAUUUAAUACAGUUCAUACUUCACAUGGAAUUCACGACUUGAUGUCUAUAAAAAACGACGGAAAAUUCACAUGUGAAAAAUCGGGCUUGUACCUUAUAUCUGUAUUUGUGACUACGAGUUCAAACUCUAAUGGAUAUUUUGAUGUUUACAAGAAUGAGAAACUUAUUUCCCGUGCGUUCAGACAUCCUCAUUUGUAUCUUUUAACAUUUACCGCCAUUGUUACAGAACGAGUGCAGACCAAUGAUACGGUCUACGUAAAGAAUGGCCAAGAGAUGGAUGUAUAUGGUGGGACCUAUUCAGCCUUUUCAAUAAUACAAAUUGGAUAG